AUGCAAAAUGUGACUAAAAUAUGCCAAUUUAGCUUCAAAAACUGUUCAUCUUUAAAAAGUCUUCACAUCAACAAACGUGCAAAAAUUUCGUUCGGUUGCUUUGAAGGAUGUGUUGGACUAACUUCUCUUGAAAUUCCAAACAACAACAAAAAAGUCACAUUUAAAGUAACAAACGAAGAUGAAAAAGUCUUAACACCAUUUGGUUAUACUUUUGGUGACCACGUAUGUUAUUUCAAUACAAAAGACACUUAUUUAAAAUUUGAUGAAAUUAAAAAUAAAAAUUAUUUCUAUGAAUUACAAGGAAAUUUUUCAAGUGAAGAACUUGACACUAUUGUAAUUCCAAAAAAUGUCACAAAAAUAUCAACUGGCUUUUUUGGUAUGGACGCAUUAAAAAGUAUUGAUUUGGGAUGCGUGAAAGAACUUGAAGAUGAGUGUUUUGAGUGUAGUGUAAAUUCUUUAACUAUUCCAACAACUUUGACAAAAAUUGGAACAAAAUUAUUCCAAAGUAUAAUAAAACCAACUUCAAUUGAUUUUUGUGGAAAUAAAUAUUACACGGGAAUUGUCACAAAACAAGAACAAAAUUUCAUUGAAAAAUGUGGAGUUCAAUGCACCAAUUUAGAAUUUGAGUUAAACAAUUUUGAAUAUUACAAAUACAUUCCAAUGGGUUACAAAGUGAUUGGAGGAGACCAAUAUCGAUUACCAUUAUAUCUAACACAAAUAAUAAUACCAAAUGGGGUCUCACAAAUCAAUUCACAUUGCUUUUCUGAUCUUCCAAAUUUAAAGAAAGUCGAGUUUCCAGAGACACUUCGCAAUAUCAAUUAUGGCGCUUUUGCCUUUUGA